AGUACUAGUGUCAGAGUCUGGCCUUCCGUAAGUCCAUUGUUGUGAUCAUGUCUUCGCCGCCUCGACAGGUGUCGAGGCCUACUACCAGACUCUCGGCGCGCGCAAGCCCAUAUCAUAGUGCAGUCACUUUGUAUGAAGCCGGAAAUGCGGAUCAGCCGUCAACGUCAAUGUCUUCCAGUCUAAAACCGUCGAAGCGUAUCAAGCUCGAGGUCGAAUCCAAGUCCACAGACGUCUUAGACCCUGGAACACCCUCCACGAGCUUACGGAAGACGUCGCGAACUUUAAAGCUAGAAGAGCCGGUAUCUGAAGAAGAUACGGACUCGCGAGUGAAGUCCAAGUCCUCCAAGAAAACUAAACCAAUACCACAGUCUCUGGAGACCCCACACCCUGCUCCACCACGCUGGAAGGAGGUGUAUGAUGCAAUUAAAGCAAUGCGCGCACAAACUGUCGCUCCUGUAGACACGAUGGGGUGCGACCGAGCCCAGCACAAGGAGGACGAUCCAAAGAACCGACGGUUUGCUACACUAGUGUCUUUAAUGUUAUCUUCCCAAACGAAAGAUGAAGUCACAGAUGCAGCUGUUGCGAAGCUGCGAGCUGCCGUAGGAGGCACACUAUCCGUUGCAGCCAUCAUAUCUGCAGACGAUGCUACAAUCUCAGAUGCAAUAGCGAAAGUUGGCUUCUGGCGACGGAAAACUGGGUAUCUCAAGAAGGCGGCUUUACGGUUACGGGAUGAUUUCGAUUCAGACGUACCAAAGACGGUGGAUGAAUUGUGCUCACUGCCAGGAGUCGGACCUAAAAUGGCGUUUCUUACGCUUCACGUGGCUUGGAAUCUCAAUCUCGGUAUUGGCGUGGACGUGCACGUUCACCGUAUCACGAACAGGCUGGGGUGGCAUCAACGGCCCACCAAGAAGCCUGAAGAAACGAGGCUGAAUCUUCAGUCGUGGCUGCCCAUCGAGUUUCAUCGCGAAAUCAACCACAUGCUCGUCGGCUUUGGUCAGACUAUUUGCGUCCCUGUGGGGCCGAAGUGCGACUCAUGCACUUUGAGUACUGAAGGACUGUGUCCAAGUGCCCGUACAAAAACCCCGAGAAGCCCGGUGAAGCGGAAGAGACGAUCUUCUGCAGACCCUGAGUGCGAGUCUGGACCUAAGAUGGAUAUUGCAAUUGAGUUUUCUGGUUCAUGAAGAAUUCGUGACUAUAUUUUCUUCGACCCCCCACCUAGCGAUACAUGCCUAUAUUUUGUAUUUUCCAGAUCAGUACUAUAAUCACUCUGCCAAACUCAUAGCUGAUUCCCAAGAUCGACAUGCUUGUCUCGAGCAGAGGAGACAAUUUACGUUAGACGCCGUGGGUAAUUU